AUGGCUUUUGUUGUACUACUGUCGGCCACAGAAAUGAACGGCAACUUCGAAAAAUUUAAAGAAAAACGACGGAUGAGGCACGCGGUCACUAUACUUGUCGGUGUUACUAUUUUAUUUGCACUGAUCAUUGUUAUUGGUAUCAUCCUGGCAUUCGAACUGCCACCAAAGAAUCGAAAAUUUGCUGCUGAAAAAGUACCGCUGCCAGAAGGUGACGGUGAGUUUUUUAUAAAAUUUCGAUACUUCAAAAAAAAAUUUCUAUAA